UCUCUCAGUUAAGUCUACGAGCAAAGGAUGGUUUCUUGGAACUUCCAAAAAUUUAAAACCAUGAAACUUCUAUUUCUGUUACUACUGUGUGUUUCUGUAGUUAGGUCCCAAGCUCUUGACUAUGAUCAUGAGGAAGAAGAUGGGAGAACUAAGGUCACCUUUGAUGCCCGGAGUCAUCGACCCCUUGACAAGAAGAGGGAAGAGCCUCUCAGCCUGAAACCUGCCCCACCUCCCAUCAGUGGACCUGGCUAUCGGCCUCGUCCAGCCAAAGUAGCAGCCAACAAAAAGAAAGUGGAAAGAAAAGCCCCUGAUGCUGGAGGCUGUGUUCAUGCUGACCCAGACCUGGGAGUGUUGUGUCCUACAGGAUGUCAGUUGCAAGAUACUUUGGUAAAACAGGAAAGAUCAGUCAGAAACAGUGUAAAUGAGUUAAGUCAUAAUGUGGAGUCUAUUUCCCAGAGCUCUUCUAGCAACUUUCAGUAUAUAACUGCGCUAAAAGAGAUGUGGAAAAAGAGGGAGAAGCAAUUAAAAGAUAAUGAAAAUGUAGUAGGUGAAUACUCCUCAGAGCUGGAAAAGCACCAAUUGUAUAUAGAUGAGACUGUGAAUAGUAAUGUCCCAACUAACAUUCGUGUGCUCCGUUCAAUCCUGGAAAACUUGAGAAGCAAAAUACAAAAAUUAGAAUCUGAUGUCUCAGCGCAGAUGGAAUACUGCCGCAACCCAUGCACUGUCAGUUGCAAUAUUCCUGUAGUGUCUGGCAGAGAAUGUGAGGAGGUUAUCAGGAAUGGAGGUGAAACAUCUGAAAUGUAUCUCAUUCAGCCUGACCGUUCUGCCAAACCAUAUAGAGUAUACUGUGAUAUGACCACAGAGAGUGGAGGAUGGACGGUAAUUCAGAACCGCCAGGAUGGUAGUGUUGACUUUGGCAGGAAAUGGGAUCCAUACAAACAAGGAUUUGGAAAUAUUGCAACCAAUGCAGAUGGGAAAAAAUACUGUGGCCUACCAGGUGAGUAUUGGCUUGGAAAUGAUAAAAUUAGCCAACUUACAAUGAUGGGACCCACAGUACUUUUGAUUGAAAUGGAGGACUGGAGAGGAGAUAAGGUGAAGGCACUCUACGAAGGAUUCACUGUAAAGGGUGAGGGCGACAAAUACCAACUCUCAGUGGGCAAAUAUAAGGGAACAGCUGGCAAUGCCCUCGUGGACGGAGCUUCUCAACUGGUGGGAGAAAACAGAACCAUGACCAUUCACAACGGCAUGUACUUCAGCACAUACGACAGAGACAAUGACGGCUGGACAACUACAGAUCCCAGAAAGCAGUGUUCUAAAGAGGAUGGUGGUGGAUGGUGGUAUAAUAGAUGCCAUGCAGCCAAUCCAAACGGCAGAUACUACUGGGGUGGGCAGUACAGCUGGGACAUGGCAAAACAUGGCACGGAUGAUGGAGUGGUAUGGAUGAACUGGAAGGGGUCCUGGUACUCCAUGAAGAAAAUUUCUAUGAAGAUCAGGCCCUAUUUCCCACAGCAAUAGUCCCCAAAACACAGAUUUUUAUUCUUCUAUAUGUAACAACAUUUUUAUAUAUUAUGUCAUUGGAAUUUUCUUUCUCACAUUCUAUCCGUCUAAAACUAUCAAAAGGUUGCGAGUGUGACUUUUUGGAAAAAGUAUUUAGGAUAAAUGACAUUAAAAAUAGCAUGUGAUUUUCUUUUGUAUUAUUCAUUUAUGUUGCCCACCAAGAAGUAACUAAAAUGAUAAUUGUGGACAGUCAGUGUUCAUAAUUUCAAUUGCAGUUGAUUGUGGAAAGUUUUAAAUUAGGAAGAGGAAUUUUCCCUCCUUGUAGGAAAACUGUGAGGCAAACUAAAACUUAUAAAACUUAUGUUUAAAAGUCCACUUUUAAAACUCUAUUUAUGUACAAUGUGUAACAGAGAACUUUCAAAAAGAUUUAUUAAUUAAAGCAGUCUCACAAUAAA